UAUCUUGCAGCCGCCAUUUUGCUUCACUCUGAGUGCGGCAGGCAACGAACUGGGACGGAGUGUUUACUACAUUACACAGCCUUUAAAACUCUUUUAAUACUCGAAACUGUUCGUUCCAGCUAGCGUUGGGCUACUUUUUAUUAUUCAACAGACUCAUUACCGCCACGGAGACACCCCACCAGCAGUCUGCACAAGAGGGAGACAACUUCUCAGCCACCUCAGGGAGAGUUCUGUUGGCCCUGAAGAGAACCAGCUGCUGGGUUUAAAGGUCGUGACCUCAUCACCUCCGCCACUCAAGACGCAUACCGGCCUUACUAUGACCAACCAUGGAGAUGACUGCUACUUCUAUUACUAUUCCACCUGCACUAAAGGAGACAGCUGCCCAUUCAGACACUGUGAGGCAGCUAUGGGCAAUGAAACCGUCUGCAACCUCUGGCAGGAGGGACGUUGCUUCCGUACUGUCUGCAAGUUUCGCCACAUGGAGAUCACGAAAAAACGUAAGGAGAUACCUUGCUAUUGGGAGAACCAUCCAGCCGGUUGCCAGAAGCCACACUGUGCUUUCUUCCAUGAAAAGGCCCGUUAUAUCGACGGCACCUUCGUCCCAUCUGAUAAAAGUCAAAACAAGAAUGAGGAACAGCCACACGAGGAGCCAGCUCCCCCACCGCCUGCCCCUCUCCCCAAUGCAACCAAUCCACAGCUGAGAGGAGUCAUCAAGACAGAGAGUCAGGAGCCAGUACCGAGCCCCACCCAUCCACCAGUGGUGAUUAAUCCAGCAGAUGAUGAUGAGGACGAAGAUGACCAGUUCUCAGAGGAGGGAGAGGAUGGCAAGGUCGUCCCUUCACCUAGAAAGCUACCUAAAUCAGAUGAAUCGCUGAACUUUGGAGUGAGCACCCUGGAGGAGAUCCGGCUGAGGAAGGCCCUGAAGGCCAGCAUGAAGAGAGCUGGUUAUCCCAUCCAGAGUGCUGACACUUCCGCCAACGGAGAGAAAGAAAACAUCCAGUCAUUUUUCCGACCAGCCCUUUAUGAAGCCAGAGAUGCCCCACUUGUCUUUGAAGAACCUGGAAGACCAAGAGGCAGUCUGGCUGAAAGGCUUGGAAGGAAGAUGCCCAUUGCAGAUGUAAAAAGAGAAGGUGUCUCACUGAAGAAGAGUCUAGCUGAACGUCUGGGUGGAGUCGUGGAUGAGGAAGAGCGCCCUCAGAAAGCUUUGAAGCCUAUUAAAGAAAGACUUGGAUCGCACGCUGGUGCUGUUGCACUCACUGAAGCAGCUUUCCCAGCAGCUGAGACCAACAUGGGAUCAAAGAAAACUGCUGAGCAGAUUCGUAUCAAAACUCUGGAGGAGAUCAGACAGGAGAAAGCGGCUCAGUCUCAGAGCCAGAAAGAUGGCCCUUCAGCCUUGGCUCCAGCAAUCACCAUUACCAAAACCACCAAGGGUGUAAAGCGAGCCAUCACUGUCAAAGAUGACUCCAUCGGCCACAUAAAAACGUUCUCUGAGAUCCUCCACGCCAAGAGGAAAAGGGAGGAACAGGAGCAGAACCGCAGUCCUAAGAAGGCUGAGCACACUGCUGAGAAUGCUUCAGGCAGGAUCCAAGGAGAGCCCGGCGCAUCUGAACCUGAACCUGAGGCUACAAACACAGGGGAGGUUAGAGUAAAGACCCUGGAGGAGAUCCGCAGAGAGAAGGCAGCCAGGAUUCGGGCUCAGCAGACCCUGGACGCUGAAAACAAGAAGAGCCCUGCUACUGAGGAGAAUGGUGCUAAGAAGCCUCGUCUACUGCGUGUCAAGAAACUGGCUUCCCAAACAGGCAAAGUCACAUCUGAGAAGAGAGCUGAAGUGACAGAGAAGCCACUGAAGAAUCCUGCUGCUGCUCCUGAGGCCAUCCCUGCCACCAACAACGUCAAGGUGAAGACCUUUGAGGAGAUCAUGCGGGAGAAACGCCUUCGCAAGCAGGAAAUGGAGGAGCAGGCUUCCUCUAGCAGCCAGGACAAAGCUGAAGCUGAAGCAGAGCCAUCACAAAAACUGUCAACAGGUGGCACCCUGAAGAGGAAGAUUCCCACUAAAGUCACCCUUACACCGCCAGGCUCUUCAUCACCUUCCUCCACCACCACCACUGUGGUGCCUGACACUACCCCGUCUGCCCAAAAAGUACCUGUUCGUAAACUAAUCCCCCUCAGAUCCAAGGCUGCACCUCUGAAUAGCACUGCUGCUGUCCAUGUAAAGCAGAGCGCCUCACUACAGCAGGGUCAGAGCCAGUCCUGCUCACAGAGCCCCAACAGCUCCAGAGAGGUCCCAGACAAAAACACUGCACCAUCACCAGCCCAGCUGGCUCCUCAGGGUCCCACUGCUGAUAAAACACUCAGCAAUAAUCAGAAGAAAUCCCCAGAACACACUGCAGACACCAAAGUGAGGCCCAAACUGAAUGUGAAGCCGUCUGUCAUGAAGCCUGCGGUGCAGGUAAAGCCAGGCCCGAAGAGGAGGGGAGCAGAGCGAUCUGCUGUAGCGGCAGUCAAACCUCUGAACAGCACCUCCACAGUGCUGGAGGAGCCGCUGCAGGAAACAGCAAGCAGAGACAGACCGGUGUUCCCAUCCUCCAGCACAGAGGCUCAGCUGAGCUCUGCUGUUCCUCAUAGUCCCAGCACCCUGUUGGGGUCAGGCUCCAGCUCCAGCCCACUGAGAGAGGAGCUCCAGACUGUCCCCGUCUUCAAACAGAGUCCAAGCCAAGAAACCAAGCCGGCUGGCAGCGCCGCUGCUGCCAGAGAGGCCUGCACAGUCCCCCAAAGCCCGGUCAUGAAGAGUCCCACCCAGCCUAAGUCUCGGAGACCAAGUGUGGCCGUGUCACGCACCGCCUCCUCCUCCAGCGCCGCUGCCUCCACCUCGGCUGUGGACGACUUCGAGGAGCUGAUCAACGAGUUUACCGACGAUCAUCUGGAGGACGACGUGGACCCCGGCAUCGGAGAGGACGACCUGCUGCAGGAACUGUCAGAGAUGAUCGACAGCUGAGGGCUCCAUCAAGCACAAUCAACACCCAACUUCUCACACCCUCGACCUUGUCUUGUGAUUGUGUGUUUCUAAGAAGUGAAGACCAUCACCCACUAUUUACCAUGGAGCAUUUUAAAAAGACAUUUUUCUUAAAAGUUCACCUUAUUUUAAACUUUAGGUUUAUAUUUGUUGUUCUUUACAUUUUAGACAUCUUCUCUCAUACCGUUCUUUAUUCAUUUACUGCUCUUCUGAUCAUUUUAUAGCCCUAGUGUUAUUCUACAGAGCUUGGAUUUUCUUUAUCAUGUUUUAUGAUCACUUUCUGGGCUCUGAGAAGACAAACUGAAAGCAGUUCUGGUGCUUGGGAGAUGUAGUUUCGACCAUUCUCAGUUGGUCACCAAUUCCUGAAAGAUGUUAAGUGUUGGAAAUGAUGAAUGUGUCAUUUUAGAGAGAAGUCAUAUCUGUAUACUGUGUAUGCACCGGGAAGAGCAAGCUGAAUACAGCAAUGAUGAAUACUGCUGCACUUACAGUAGCCCGCCCCCACCUACUUGUUUUUAUAUGUGACAACAAGACUGUUGUCAUUAGUUUCCAGAUUAUGACAUUUAAAUGUAUCAAUUUUACUUUCAUGAUGAGCAGCAAAAGUCACAACCUCAGAGGAAGUAAAACUAAAUUUUCCCAAAAUCACCAGUCAUCAUGUUAAUGUUAAGUUUUAUUCAUCAUUUUACAUGUGGUUUAUUGAUUUUCCACUCAGAUCUUAUGGAGUACACCGUCUGCCUGUGACUGUCCUUUUUAUAAUGUUUGAUUGAAAUGCGUUUGUUUUGUUUUUUUAACAGUUCUUUUACCCAGUUGGCUUACUUUGAAACAACUAGUCUGGGAUAAUGUGUAAGCUCUCUGGUCUUUGUUAAUGAACACCUCAGGGACUGUUUCUGAUGUUUGUAUGUUCUUUAUAUGAUUGACAAACACUGUAUUUCAUUUCAGCAAUGCUGCAUUUGGUUGUUUUUUCUCUUUUAUGUUAGCAUUGGUUUAUCAAUGUGGUCUGAGAAAAGAUGAACUCGUUUGCUCUGUCCUGACCCUUUACCAAGCGUACUGUUCAAAGUGACUUGUAUAGAUUACUGUGUAAAUAAAAAAUGCUUUUAAUUGACAGAUAA